AGACCUGCUGAGUUUUUCCAGGGACAGGGUGACUGUAAAACACACACAAGCCAACAGUUAUCAGGAAUCCCUAUCUCAUCGGAGAGAAAAAUCCCUCCGGAUUUAAGGAAAAUGUCCAGCUCAUACUAUACGGGUUAUAACAAGGCAGGAGAUGUGGAAUUUGUCCAUACAGGAUAUGGGAAAGAUGCGGUGAAGGUCCUAACCAUCAGGAGAGAGGGAAAGCAUCAUUACAUCAAAGAGAUUGAAGCAAAUGUCCAACUUACACUGAAGACAGUAAAGGAUUACCUGCAUGGAGACAGUUCUGAUAUUAUUCCGACUGACACUAUGAAAAAUACCAUUCACGCCUUGGCAAAGCUCAAAGGAAUUCGAACUAUUGAAGAAUUUGCACUGGAUAUUUGUGACCACUUUUUGACUUCCUUUCAACAUGUUAGACGGGCCAUGGUCUACGUGCAAGAGGCACCCUGGAAACGUUUAGAGAAAGAUGGUAUAGGGCAUAUACAUGCCUUCAUUCAUAACCUUGAAGCAACACGCUUUUGUGAAGUUGAGCAAAUGCAACAUGAACCUCCCAGGCUUCAGUCUGGAUUAAAGGACAUGAGAAUAUUAAAAACAACGCAGUCUGGCUUUGAGGGAUUCCUAAAAGAUCGAUUCACUACAUUGCCUGAAGUGAGGGACAGAGUGUUUUCUACCAUUGUGUAUGCGAAGUGGCGUUACAGAACACCCAGAUAUGUCAACUUUGACGCUGCCUGGAAUACCGUGAAGGAUUCUAUCAUUGAAACAUUUGCCGGUCCCCUUGACUCUGGAAUAUAUUCCCCCUCCGUCCAGAACACACUCUAUGAUGCUCAGUGCCUCAGUUUGAGCAGAGUUCCAGAGAUGGAAGAGAUUGAAAUGAUUAUGCCAAAUAAGCAUUACUUCACAAUUGAUUUGACAAAAUUUGGAAUACAUGAAAAUAAUGAGGUUCUACUGCCCGUAGAUAACCCCUCAGGUAAUAUUUCGGGCACUCUACGAAGGAGACCUGCAUCAAAACUGUAGCAACUGCCUCCAGAAGAUGGUCAUUCGCAAAAGCACAAAGAUCAAACGUUUAUGCAUCACUUUUGAUUCAAACUCACAAGGUGAAGGUUAAAAUUUAAGAAAAAAAACAUAGUCUCACAUGGAACAAUGCAAAUGGAAGAUAUGAAUCAAAGUUUAGUCAGAGGUUAAUUGUUGAACCUUUGCGA